CAAAUAAAGAAAAACCGCGGGGUUCAGCUGCCCCAUAGCGCAACCUAACCAGAGAAACACCAGAAACAAUCUAAACAGGGGCAGAAGCAUCUGUUGCGCUAUCACCUAAGGUUAACAAGAUAACAAAAUUGUGCAUUACUUUGUGAGAAGUGUUAAUUCUUUAAAUACAUUUUUUUUAUUAAGUGCAUUUCUACUUAGUUUAAUAAGUAAACGCAUAUAAGGCAAAUAUGGCUACAACAACUCAAAGCACAUCACAAACAAAAUACGAACACACCGAGAAAAUAUCCGCCCGCCGAAAGGCGUUAUUUCCCACCGGCAGUGAUUCAGGCAGCGACCUAGGCCACAUGAGCCCAAUUCACAGUGAAAGCUCAAACUUUUCCGAGAACGCUUUUACCGCUUUGGAACACGAAGCGGAUCACCAAUUCCGUAAGUUCUUCAAAUGCAGCCUCACCGAUUAUGUUCUACUCGAAGACGAUGCCGAAAUUCUCACACCUGACCCCUGCUCAGAAACCAGCGUACCGCCGUUAUACCUCAGUCCAAUGCAGACAUUGCUCUCUACACCAAUACUAUACUCUCCAAUGCACACAACCAAAAUUGUAACUCCUCUAAGCAAAUCUCCCAGUUCCACAUUGAAAACACCACAUGACACUUCUACAGUUAAAGUAAAUCAAAAACAAACCAAGCGCAAGUUGGUCACUGAUACAAAGAACGAUCCUCAAGAAUCUCAAUCUCCUAACUCAAAACAAGCCAAAUUCGAUUCAAAGUCCAAGGUGCGUACAGCACUUUUCCCCGAAGACGAAAUCGUCUUGCCUGUUAAAACUUUUUACCCGAAAGAAAACAACACUUUCAACGUGAAGGAAAGUAUUAGCGCACUUCUAGCGGCUAGUAAACACCGCGUAAUGAAUGUACCGCAUGUGAAGCGCGCGCAGAUUAAGAACACUGCUGUGUUAACCUUGAACAAAAGGCGCUACGGUGAAAUCAAUGCCGGUGUGCGCCAUAAGAUUAGAAAACCCAAACAGAAAAAGGUCACGCAGGCCAAGAUUGUAAAGGCAACAAUGAAGAUUAUCGAAAAAUCACCGCUCACUGAGUACCUGGAAGAAAUGACCAAUGUUAAGAAGACUAUUAAACCGCUACCACUCAACAGUACAAUAAAUAACACCUCAAACAAGAAAAAUAAUUCGGUUAACAUGAGCGACACAUUGGCUAAUCGCAAAUUCUUCAAAACAUUGCGAUCCAGUUUUAAGCAGGUGAUUGGAAGUCCCAAGAAACAACCACUUCGCUGUUUAAACAAAACAAAAGAAGCAUUACAACCGAAUAAACGUAAAUUGGAUGUCGCUGAGUUUGAAUUUUCGCCUGAAAAAGAUGUUGCAGUAGUGCCUGAAGUCGAUAAUCUCAUAAAUCAACUCGAUAAAGAAGUGGCUAAAACUACGGCGAAUCCUAAUUUGAUUUUCUCACCAACUGCACAGAUGUGUAACAUGGCGUCUGCUUUGGAUUUAAACAGUCCGAAGAGAGCUAAAGUUAACAUCAGCAAGAUGUUGAAUGAUAGUACAUUGAAACGUCCGAACAACAUGACUUCAUACACAGAGAAAGUCGAAAAGUCUGCUAAAUUAUUUCCGUUGUUCUGCGCGGAUAAAAACAAAUCCAUGACCUGCAACACAAAUCAGAAAGAAAUUAAGAAAGGACCUACACAUGCACAUAAGAAGUUUAAAACUGUUUCGGAUAAUCAAUUGCUGAUCGAUGCUGGACAGAAGAAAUUCGGUGCAAUUGUUUGCCAUGAAUGCUCGUUUGUUUACGAAUCUGGCGAUGCAUCUGAUGAAAUGAUUCAUCGGACUUAUCAUGAAGCCAUCAACACGUUUAAAUUUAAUGGAUGGAAGAAUGAACGCGUUGUUACAAACAUUGAUGUCAACACGAGGAUUAUCAAAAUCAUCCCGGGUGAUAUGAAAAUCUGGUGGAAGAAAGGCGUCGAACUGAUUGAUUAUAUCAACCGUGAGAUGGGAUUCUACGAUAUGAUUUUACCCUUGGAUAAAUCUCAAAUGUAUCUCUACGUACAAAAUAAGAAAAUCAUUGGUUGUCUCACCGCUGAAAUGAAGCAAACUGCAUACAAACGUCUGCCAACUGAUUUGGACAUCGAUCUGUGUUCAGAGGAAGCAUUCCAAGUGCGUUGUGGUAUUUCUAGAGUGUGGGUUGCACCUCAUCAUCGCCGUGCUGGUAUUGCCACGCAGUUGAUGGACACACUACGACGUAAUUUCCUGCAUGGUUAUUUCCUCCAAAACAACGAAAUUGCGAUCAGUUCGCCGUCGGAUCUCGGCCAGAAAUUCGCGUCUAAAUAUUUCCAAACCGACAGUUUUCUCAUCUAUAUGAAUUAAAUUAGAUAUUUUGAUAUACGUAAUUCUACAAUUGUGCCUCAAAAAUCCAGAUGUACAACUGCGUCUUAAACAAAAAGUUUAAUUACCCACCAGAAAAAGAAUCAUAUAAAAUCAAUUGCCAGCUCAACGUCUCUGUUUUCAUUACCCAUUGAUGUAAUCAAGUGUAUUUAUAGAUUGGUUUAUAUGCUUUCGGACAUAUGAAUUUAUAACGAUACCUUGGCCGAUUAAAGAUAUUCAUAGCUUCAGAUCAGCGUCCCAAACUCUCUGUUUUUCAACCGAACACAUAGCACGUCGCUGAGUCACACUUUUAUAUCGUUUAUAAUCAUUUUUGCGCGAAAACAGAGCAACCGAGUUUUAACAAAAAGAUGUUGACCUGUUUAUUUCAUUCACAUGUUCACCAACAGACAUUCCACGCUUUUAAUCAGACCAACAAUGUUGCAAAUAAUAUAACAUGUUACACUCUAGCAGUUUCUGACGGUUAAAUUUAGAAAUCUCAGUUGUCACGGCGCAAAACGUGUAAAUUUGUUGUCAUCAUGAUGUUGCGCUUCGCAGACGUUUCAAAUUAUUUGUUGCCUUAUAUUCAUACUCAGGGGCGAGAUUCUAGUUACUCAUUUGUUUGUUAUGGUUGGACCGCUGGACGGUGGUGGGCAUCAAUCGUUCUAGAAUAGAGAGUGUGUGUAAUUCAAAUGCGUCGUCGUCGUCGUCUGCGUAAUAAGUUGGCGGUCGUGAUCGUGACACAAACACGACGCGUGCUUGUUUGUUUGCCAUCAGCAAACUUGCGCCCUUUGGGUGCUUUCGAAGGACUUGGCCAGCGACGUGAUUACACUUUCAUAGUAAAGAUAUUGAGAGAUAAAA